GGUGUCAGAUUGAUUUGUGUGAUCAUAUUAGUUUCCUAAAGCCUAAAGAAAGAAGAUGCUGACCGGAGUUUGCAGCUUCUACCAUUGUUUCUUCUUCUUCUUCUUCCUCCUUUUUGCCGAUGGAUUUCUGAUGGUAGUCGAAUCUGCGGAACAUGUGACCCCAUUAUCCGAUCUGUUGAGUCGAGACGAAUGGAGGCAGACAGCAGGAUAUGGCGAGGAGAGACUGUCCACGGUUUUGGUCACAGGCUCUCUUCUUUGUGAAGCUUGUUUGCAUGGUGAUGAACCGCAAGUUCAUGCAUGGCCUGUAAAAGGUGCCAUGGUGGGUGUGAGGUGCCACAAAAACAGCAAAUCUUCUGAUUGGGUACGUGGAAUCACAGAUGAAUUUGGAGACUUCAUUAUUGAUAUUCCAUCCCGUUUUCAUGCAACACAGAGCUUUGAAAAGGUCUGUUCCAUCAAGAUUCUUCGCACACCAAAGAACAUACGCUGUCGACCUGCUCAUUUUGCAGGUCGCAAACAGCUG